GGAGUUUGCGGCUUCCUACUUACUCUCAUUACCCGUACCUAUCAUGUCUUUCUUCCAAGUUCAAGCUCCAAAGAAGGCUGUAAAACAUGCAUAUGAUCCUGCCCUACAGCCUUGGGUGGAGAAAUAUCGUCCUAAAACUAUUGAAGAUGUAUCAUCUCAAGAACACACCGUUGCAGUCUUGCGAAGGACAUUGACGUCUACGAAUCUACCACAUAUGCUCUUUUAUGGCCCACCAGGUACUGGCAAGACAUCCACAAUUCUCGCACUAGCAAGGCAAUUAUUUGGGCCAGAUAACUUCCGUUCACGAGUGCUUGAACUCAAUGCAUCCGACGAGCGUGGUAUAUCAAUCGUCCGAGACAAAGUCAAGAACUUCGCUCGUCAAACACCCAGAACACAAGCCGUUUCAUCGGACGGUCAAACAUACCCUUGUCCGCCAUACAAAAUCAUUAUUCUUGAUGAAGCCGACUCCAUGACACAGGAUGCCCAGGCUGCGUUGCGUCGAAUUAUGGAAACAUAUGCGCGAAUAACCCGAUUCUGUUUAGUUUGCAAUUACGUUACUCGAAUAAUCGACCCCCUUGCUUCACGAUGUUCAAAGUUCCGAUUUAAACCCCUCGACCCUUCGUCAACUUCCAGUCGCCUGCAUCACAUUGCGUCCGCAGAAAAUGUACACGUUUCUGAAGAAGUAAUUUCUACCCUCAUCAAAACCUCUCACGGCGAUCUGCGUCGUUCCAUUACCUACUUACAAUCCGCAUCCCAUCUAGGAGGCUCGACGAAACCUCCAACUCCGAUCACUCCGAGUGACAUCCAAGAAAUUGCUGGGGUGGUCCCUGACUCCGUGAUUAAAGACUUUGCCGCAACCCUUGGCGUUGACGCCGUCGGUGAUGAUAUGGAGAUAGAUAGUCCGUCAAAAAAAGUCACUGGUUUCGACAGCAUUAGACGUAAAGUCAAAGAGAUCGUCAGAGAGGGUUAUUCUGGCACGCAAGUCCUGAUGCAGCUACAUGACUUUGUCAUUGAACACCCCACACUGUCUGCACACAAAAAGGCGCAAAGUGCUCUGGUCUUUGCUGAGGCGGACAAGGCCCUUUGCGAUGGUGCCGAUGAAGAGCUCUGGAUUUUAGAGGUCGGGCUCCGUGUUCACAAGGCAGUCUCCUGACAUCUGAGUCUUCUCCUGCUUCCAUUCAUCUCACUUAGUUUUUUGUAGCCCUAGUUUCAUCUUUCUUUGGAUUGUACCUCAAUGACAUAAUUACAAACUGCUCAUGAUUCAAUGAUUCUUGCAAGGAGUUC